GGCUGACUGAGCUGAGCUGGGCGGCUCGAUCUCUUCUGUUUUAUUUUCUUACCCUUGCAGCCACAACUUAAUAGAUUUCCAUUCUUCAAAAGAGAUCCAGUCCUUAAACCUGUAUAAAAUCAACCUACAAGCAAGAUGGCCGCCCCUACUACUACGAGGAAGAAGAAGGGCUUUCACAUUGACGAGGCUGAGCUACUCUGCAAGAAAGGCUGUGGGUUCUAUGGCACCGUUGCCUGGCAGGGCUACUGCUCCACAUGCUGGCGGGGGGAAUGCCAAGUCAGUCGACAAGCUCAGAUCGAGAGUGAUGCACUCUUUGCCAAGAGGCUGUACGAGAGUGAAAUGCAGCAGUCAGGGCCCCCCUCUACCCUGGCGAUCACCCCGGACCAACAAGCCUCCAACGACCCCACCCACAUGGCCCUCACAUUCCCCCCUCGCUCUCCCAAGCCAGAGCAGCCCCCAUCCCCAGCAGGCCAGCAAGGGGUGGUGUCCCCAGGAGGUGCCCCCACCCAGGGGGGUCAGAACGAGACGCUGACCUUUGACAAGUUUGAAGAGAAACGGAAGCAGAGGCAGAACAGCAAAACAAAGUCCAUGAAGACGCUCUUCUCGAAGGGUGGCAAGACACCAAACAGAGCAGAGGGCGCCGCUCAAGCUCCCCAUGCGCGGCUUGAGAAGCAAAUCAGCAUGGAAAGCCAGCGCGCCAUGGGCGACUUCAUGGAGUUCCUCAAGAUACUCAACCGCCCCGCUGCCCAGGAUCUCAACAAGCAGUGCAGGGCGUUCGUGGAGAGACUGCAGAGGGAUUCCAAUCUGUCGGUGGAAGAGCAAGCAGAGCUGGUCCAGGACUUCUAUCACAGCAUGGGGGAUAGGAUGAGCACCCACAGCGCCUUUAAAGAAUUCCUUCGCCACGAAGCAAUCCAUUUCCGUCAAACAAUGGGCAUCUCCGAGUUCUCAGAAACAAGUAGAUUUCCCUCUGAUUUUCAAGAAGCACCAGACCAAGGUACGACCUCGGAGCAGUGUUCCACCAUGAUGGACCACCUUGAGAAGGUCAUCAUGACGCGGCUCUACCGCGACCUCUUCUGCCCUCCGCUGUCCGACGAUGAACAGAAGGACCUGGCCAUCCAGAACCGGAUCCGUCGUCUGCGCUGGGUCAUGCCCUCCAUGCUGGAUGCUGCCCUCAACGAGGAUAAUACGAAUGUGGAGAGGCUGAUAGAGAAGGCUCAGGAAGAGCUGAUCGACAUGAACAGCAAGAGGGCGCCGAUCGACAAGCUGUGCUGCAUCGUACGGACCAGCAAGCUUAUCUUCCAGAUGGUUCACCAGUCCCAGGGUGCACCGGCUAGCGCUGAUGACUAUCUACCGGUCCUGAUCUACAUGGUCCUCAAGGCCAACCCUCCGCAGCUGCACUCCAACAUCCAGUACGUCUCCAGGUUUGCCAAUCCCAACAGACUGAUGCAGGGAGAAACGGGCUACUACUUCACUAAUCUGUGCUGCGCUAUAUCUUUCAUCGAGAACCUUGAUGCCCAGUCGCUCUCCCUUACCCAAGAGGAGUACGACGACUACAUGUCUGGCCGUGCCGUGCCACCGGGCAGCGAGCGCAACACGGAACCCAUCUGCGAGGGCCUGCGCAUGAUGUACGCCAACCUCUCAGCCCUGGAGGACCUUCGCAUCCGACAGGACAGCCUGAUGGAGAAUGCCCUGGACCUGCAGAAGGAGCUGACCGCCUGGAGGGACGGCGUGGUGGACAGGGUCCAGGAGGUACUAACCAGUAAGCCUCUGGUGGUCAAGAGGUUCAAGGUUCCGAGACUGGACGAUGAUAUCACUCAGGAGGACAACAAGGACUUGCCCUUGCCCCUUCAGCCGGUCGUUGUACCCAUGAAACCAAUAGCAUAAGGAUUUUGUAGAAUGUCUAGAGCUCUAUAGAUGAUGCGUGAAAGGAUCCGUGUGGAUGGGUACCAAAUACCUUUGCACAUUCAAAUGAUGGCAACAGUUUAAGGAUUUUAUAAAAUGUCUAGAACUGCAGGUGAUGGAUUGAAGGUAUCAAAAGCCUUCAUUCUUUCGGCAGGUUGUUGUACCCAUUACACCAACAGCAAAAAGGAGUUUAUACAGUGUCUAGAUGUAUGCCCUUACCCUUUCAACCAGUAGUUGUACACAUGAAGCUGACAGUGUGAGGCUUCCGUAGAAUGUCUCAAGAGUUGUAUCUAGAUCAUCAGAUGAUGUAGGGAAGGAACCUGUGAGGACCGAGUAUCCCUGUCCCUUUAAUGGCUAUUCAUACCCAUGAAGCUGUAUGUGUAAGUACUAAUGUAGAACAUCUAGCACUGUUGAAGAUGUGUUGAACAACUGUCACCAGGAGAGGUAUCAAAUGCCCCUUGUCCCUUCAACCUGCAGUUGCUCACAUGCAGCCGACAGCGUAAGGAUUCUUCAAAGUGUCAAAGACCUUGGUCACGUAUGGAGGGAAUCUUCCCAAGGAAAGAUAUUUCACCCAUGAAACAAGACCAUGUGAUGAUGCCGCAGGAUGUCUAGAAUUGUGUGUGAUGUAUGGACAAAAUCUUAGCAGAUACAAUUUACGUAUCAAGUGCCCUUGCCCCUUAAACCAGGGGGGUGUUUCACAAAGAUCCCAGGUCAAACUUAAAUCUAAGUUGAACUUAAAUAUUAUGG